GUCAGUCAGUCAAUCAACUUUUAAGACCGUCAGUUAUUCAGGUAACUUUCAUGCGCGUUCAAAGACUUAUCAUAACCAUAAGGAGCUUCGAUAGAAACAGGAGAAAUUAGGAGGGAAAAUGAAGUACCUGGUCCCACACGCAGUGACCGCUGACAUGCUUCGCCGCAAUUGGUGGACAAACAACUAGACAAACAAACGUAUCGCGCUCAACAGACCCCAACACGUAAGCAAUGUCCAUAAUGCUGAAUGCUACCUAGAUCUUCUCCCCUAUUUGGUCACAUUGAGGUCUACUCAGUCUUCCUUAACACUGAAGAACGAAUAAUUUUCGUAAGCCGUCUUAAAUGACGAAGAGAAGGACAAUGAACAUGGAGCUCAACCAGAAUGCUUUGGCCUAUUCUGCCACAACCCUGGCAGCCACAAUGAUGAAUUCUAUAUUCCAAUUCUAUUACGUGAAAAUUUUUCUGAACGUAUACAGGAUUUCAAACUACUGGUUCAAUUUAGCUCAAAUUGUGUUCCUCAUUUGGAAUGCCAUCAAUGACCCUUUGUUUGGAUAUUUCCAGGACAGUUCCACCUGGAUGUUUUUAAGAAAAAGAAGGUUGGCUAUAUUUUAUGGUGCCCCCUUUUUUGCAAUUAGCUUUUUAACUCCUUGGUUUCCAUGGACAUGGUUUGGCUUUUCUGAAGAUUGGGGAGUUGGCCUUCAUCUUAUGACUGCACUAUGUUUUUACGAUGGAAUGUUCACAUUUGUGGUACUUGCCCAAUGUGCUCUUUUUGCUGAGAUUUCAACUGAACAAGAGGAAAGACAGACUACUCUCAAAUAUUCGCAAGUGGCAUCCAUUAUUGGCACAACAGCUCUUUUAGUUAGUACAAAUGUGUAUCAGAAUGAGCAAAGUAACUUCCAGUUAUUCCAAGCUGUGUGCAUCGUCAUUGCUUUCCUCAGCUGGUUGCUGAUGAGGUACACUGGCAUGAAUGUCCAAGUUGCUGUGGAGGCAAGCACCACCAGCACUACACAAAAUCAAGAUGGGAAGACUUCCAAAGAUUCAGUUCCUCUCUUCACAUUGUUGAAGCAAAUACUAACACAAAGAAGCUUUGUUUGCUUUGUGGCUAUGAAUUUCUUUCAGGUUUUUCAUACUACAUUUUGUAGCAACUUCUUCCUCAUUUUUGCUGAGCACCUCAUUGGACCUGAUGUGAUACCAGCUAUCCUUUACAGCCUACUAACUGGGUCUGUUUUCUUGUUACCCAGGCUACUUGUUUUGUUAACAAGCCCAUUGUUAGCUAGACUUGGUUCUUACAAGGUCAUCUUGUGGUCGUUCUAUAUAAAGGUUUCACUACCUGCUAUUGUCUAUUUUGCUGGAAGAAAUAACAUUUGGAUCUUGUACUUUUUUCUCAUAAUUGACAAUUCCCUCCCAGAUGCCACAUUCUCAUUGUUCAAUUUAUCAGUCUCGGAUAUUAUUGAUCAUGACAUGGAAAAAUACCAGAGAAAUGCACCUGUUUCAUCGAUGAUAUUCGGUACGAAUGCACUGUUUACCAAGCCAGCUCAGUCCUUAGCACCUAUGAUGGUCGUACACAUCCUGUCUUGGUAUGGAUACAAGGAAACUCUGGGUGUAAAUAAAGACAAGGCUUCUUCAGGAACAUCACCACAGCUUUUAGAUGCAAUGUUCUUUCUUUUGUGUCUCAUCCCUCUUGUGAUUGCCAUUGUUCAAAUCGUUUUCUGGAAGUUGUAUCCUCUCAAGAGGCCAAAGAAGGCUCCAGAUGGCUCCAAGAUACUUGCAUAGCAGCAAAUCAUCUCAAGAAGAAAGUGACCAAAACGUUUGCUCCAAAAUUAGCUUCUUUUCAACUUACAGUAGUUAAGAUUAAUUGUUGAGGCGAGUUGAGUCACACACAAGCUUUGUAGUUUUGCUUCCAUCUUCUUGUCACUUUUUCUCCAUAGUUUAUUUUAAUUUAUAUUUUGUCUUAGUUCUGGGUGGGAAAUGAAUUAGAAAAAUUGAAAGUUUUAAGCAGUACUUUAGAAGUAAACAGUUCUUUAGAGGUAAUCAUUUAGCUCAUGGAAAGUAGGAAGAGGAUCAAGAGAAUGCCUCAUUUGCCUCAUGCCUCAUUGCACAAGGUGCAAUUUUAUGUGGAAUAAAAGGGAGAGAAGAAAAAAAAAAACAGAAUUCAUGUUCUUUUAGAGGAGCUGUGUUAAGUUAUACUAACGGUAUGUGAAACACAUUGUAAGUAUCACAUGGGAAAGUCAGGAAACUAUAGAGAAGAUGUUUCACUCACUAUUGUAUAUAUCUAUGUAUGUUGUAAAUUUGGGAGAUAGACAUUAGUAAGUUACAAAAGCUGACAGCUUAAAACUGUACAUUAAAGAAACAGUAAUGUCAGUCAA